CCACCAUCUUCCACCUCCACUCUCUCACUCCAAAUCCAAACUGUAGAGAGAGAAACAGAGUUUCAGUUUCCACCGCCGCAAUGCCAAUCUCCACCACUCUCACCCUCACCCCACCCCUCCCGCGCCUCCUCUCUCUCCACCACCCCACCCCUUUUCUCUCCCCUCCAUCUCUCUCCCUCACUCCCCAAACCCCCAUCCUCCUCUCCCUAUCCCUAACCCACCGCCCCUUAUCCACCAGUGCCGCCGCCGCCAACACCGAAAUCACCUCCAAAUUCUCCGGCGGCGGAGGCCACGGCAACAACAACAACAACAACGGCGGAGGAGGCGGCGACGGCGGCGGAAAUGAAGGGGGCGACGAUAGGAACAAGAGGAGCAACAAAGAGGAAGCCCUAAUGGCGCUGGCGGAGGCCGGGAGGAGUUUGGAGAGCUUGCCCAAGGAUUUGAAAGCCGCCGUGGAAGAAGGCAGGAUUCCGGCGUCGAUUUUGCUGAGGUAUUUCGAUCUCGAAAAGUCUAGCUUCCUUUCUUGGCUUAUGAGGUUCGGAGGGUUUAAGGAGAGGUUGUUGGCUGACGAUCUCUUCUUGGCUAAACUCGCCAUGGAAUGCGGCGUUGGAGUUUUCACCAAGACUGCUGCGGAAUACGAGCGUCGCAGAGAGAACUUUUUCAAUGAGAUAGAGAUUGUUGUUGCUGAUGUGAUGAUGGCAAUAAUAGCUGAUUUUAUGCUCGUCUACCUUCCGGCUCCUACUGUUUCUCUUCGACCUCCUGUUUCGCUCAAUGCUGGUCGCCUUGCUAAGUUCCUUCAUGGUUGUCCAGACAAUGCCUUUCAGCUUGCUUUACCGGGAGGCUCAUUUUCAUUGCUGCAAAGAGUAGGUGCAAUAGCGCGUAAUGGAGUGAAGCUGUUUGCUGUGGGCACCACUUCAUCUCUGGUUGGUACGGUUGUGACUAAUGCGUUCAUAAACGCCCGUAAGGCUGUUGAUCAGUCUGCCGGAGAUGAGCUGGAAAAUGUUCCCAUACUAUCAACUAGCGUCGCCUAUGGUGUCUAUAUGGCUGUAUCUAGCAAUCUCCGAUAUCAAGUUUUGGCGGGUGUAGUCGAACAACGGGUACUGGAGCCCUUGCUUCAUCAACACAAGUUAUUACUCAGUGCCCUUUGCUUUGCUGUGAGAACUGGAAACACGUAUCUGGGCUCAUUACUGUGGGUCGAUUAUGCUCGUCUUAUAGGCAUCCAAAAGGCUCAAGAUUUAGAAUGAUAAGAUUGCAGAUGAAAAGUGGUAAAUGUGAGCUUACAUCGUUGUUAACACUUGGUAAGAGUAUGUAGUUUGAUUGAGAGUAGGUUUAAUGCCCUUUUUAUUUGAUAAUUUGUUUGAGAUAUGAAUUGCUUUAAAUUUUAAUUUUCUAUUCAUUUUGGGCUGAGUUAGCCUUGCAA